UUUUUUUUUUCAAGAAAUGUAACGGAAUUUUAAUUUUUAUUUUAUUUUUACCAUAACUUUCUUUCGGGCAAGCAUUAUUCUAUGAUAGUCUUCCUUGAACAAUGGAGUAUUUUAAACCCACACUAUUGUCUGCAUCUCAUCGACCUGAAUUGAUUUCUAACGAAUCUUUACUUAUUCAACAAGUUCAUAUUGGACUGUAUGAAGGAAAGCAUAAAUUAGAUCAAUACCAAGAUGGCGUCUGUUAUUUAACUACACAUCGCAUCAUAUAUGUAGACUAUAGUCGGCCUUUAGAAUACUCAAUAGAAUUAAGUUUAAGUGUUAUUCAGGAUGUUGAAAAUUACAAUGGAUUUUUACGAUCUUCACCUAAAAUCAUUCUCAAUCUUAACCCUGCAUCAUUAAAUAAUCAAGCAUCUUUAGUAAAUACAACCCCAAGUGCUAACGUCUGGGCUUGUCCCAUUUGUUUCUUUUCGAAUAAAGCAUCUACUGACAUUUGCGAAUUAUGCGGUGUCCGAAAACAGCAACAGCAACAGCAACAACAGCAACAACAACUAAUAUCAACACCAACAAAUGAAGAUCAAGAUAGCAGUGUAUGCACAUUAUGUACAUUUAAAAAUCACCCCAGUAUGGUUCAAUGUGAAAUGUGUGGAGCGGAUUUACCAAAAGUCAUUGUACCAUCACCAUCAAUACCUAAUAAUAGUUCAAUUAUACCAGUUCAAAUACGUCUCUCGUUUAGACAUGGUGGACAUUCUAGUUUUUUAAGUAAACUAAAGCAAGCCUUGAGUACUAAACAAUGGGAAAAGAAAGAAAUGAAGUCUCCUAAUAGCAGUAGAUCUACUACACCUGUUAUUCGUGGUGUAGGAAUAAGUGCAAUUGAGGAUCGUAUUAAAAAGACAAGUCUUGAAGCUAAUGAAACCAUGACAAAUGCCUUUCAGGAUCUUGAUAAACUAAUGAUGAAAGCUACUGAAAUGGUAAAAUUGGCGGAGUCCAUUUCCAAUAAACUUAGCAAAGAUUCAGAUAAUAAAGAGAUGUCUACUUUACGAACCCAUUUAUUAAACCUAGGUGUAACUUCCCCUGUCACAAAAGGCACUGCUGGCUCAAUAUACCAUCAAGAACUAGCAAGAGAGUUGGCAGAUUUUCUUGGUAAACUAUACGAAAAGGAAGAUGAAGUAAAGUCUUUAACAGACAUCUAUUGUUUAUUUAAUCGUGCUAGAGGUGUUGAAUUAAUAUCACCAGAAGAUUUACAUAAAGCAAGUCAACAAUUUGAAUCCUUAAAGUUACCAUUUCGACUAAGAAAAUUCCCUAGUGGUUUGUUAGUAAUUCAAUCCAUUCAUAUGGACGAUAAUAUAGCUGCAAAUCGUAUACUAAAGCAUGUGAAAGAGCACGGAGGUCUCUUAACAGCUCUUCAACUGGCCGAUAUUGAAAAUUUAGCGCUUGCUGUUGCUGAAGAACAGCUGUUUGUUACUGAGAGAAUGGGUCUACUUUGUCGAGAUGAAGGACCUGCUGGUCUUACGUUUUAUGAAAAUUUAUUUUUAGUUUCCUCAUCAUGAUACUUGUUAAUCUGUAUCGACUAAUAAAAUAUAUGUCCAUAUGUUUUAUAUAUGUAUAUAAUGAACAUGAAUAUAAUAUAUCCAUGGCAUUUUAGUAUAAUCAACAAGACUCAAGGGCCUCAUUCAAAGGACCUAUCAACAGCUAACAGUAUCACAUAAUUCCCUCUAAGCUGUGUGUGUAGUAUGCUAUUAGAUCAUAGUAAUAAUUUUAUCCAUCAUACAAGAGACACCUUAUUUAGAUGAACACAUUUUAUCUCGACCUAUUAUUAUAUAUUUCGCUAUGAAGAAAGGUAGUAUAGGAUCUUCCAUUCUCUCACUUGCUUGCUCUAUCUUAUCCUUUAUGUAUGUAUGUAUAUAUUUCUAUAUAUAUGAUCAUGCUUAAAUUGGAUUAAAUAUAAUUGCAUAUUCCCGGCGUAUGGUUUCAUCUAAUUCACUAGUAUAGUAAAUAAUAAAACUCAAACGUUAACUCUGCUCAUG